AAUGCAGAUGAGCACUAGUUGGUUUGUGAAAUUUCUAUCCCAAUACCAGCAUGUUUUUAGAGAAAAAAAAGGACAUAUUCACAUAGUGCUUUCUAAACCAGUGAGUGGAACAAUUCUUCAAUCCAGUAUUUAUCAUUUACAGAUAUUAAGAUGAGCACAGAUGGUGUGGAACACUCAAAGGCUCACCAUGAACAAGCAGACAUUGAACAAAGACAAAUUAAAACAGAGAACUUCAACGACUCUCUCCAUGCACACAAAACAUGUCACCCGGCACAAGGAUCCCCAAUACCUGGAGUCCAGGCAAGCCAGCUGUCAGUGGAGCUCCCCUCCCUCCACACCAUGCCGCAGCUGGUGCUUAUGUCAGGCUCUCACCAUCUCUCAUCCCCCUCCUCCUUCCUCCUCUCUCAGACACAACAUACGGGGCAUCAAGCACUUCUGCAGCAGAACCUGCACAACCUUCCCACCCAGAGCCAGUCAGGUCUCCUCCAGCAUCAGCCUGGGUUAGCACUAACACCUCAGGCCAUGAGUCGGUCGGGCCUGACGUCGUCGUCCAUGGAAGGACACGUGGACAUGUCCCACCUGCAGGUCCCCAAACACAUUGGGGCCCCCCAGCAGGACGAUCCCAGCGACCUAGAGGAGCUGGAACAGUUUGCCAAGGCCUUCAAACAGAGACGCAUCAAACUGGGCUUCACCCAGGGUGAUGUAGGCCUGGAUAUGGGGAAACUGUAUGGGAAUGACUUCAGUCAGACUACCAUCUCCCGCUUCGAGGCACUCAACCUGAGCUUCAAAAAUAUGUGCAAGUUGAAGCCGCUACUGGAGAAGUGGCUGAGCGACGCAGAGAAUUCUCCCUCUGACUCUAUGGCCAACGUUGCCUCUCUACCCCCCCCGAUGGAAGGCUAUGGAAGGAAAAGGAAAAAGAGAACAAGCAUUGAAACCAACAUCAAGUUCACCCUGGAGAAACGCUUUCUUGACAACCCCAAGCCUAACUCGGAGGAGAUCACGCUGAUUUCAGAGCAGCUGUCUAUGGAGAAGGAGGUGGUGCGGGUGUGGUUCUGUAACCGUAGACAGAAGGAAAAGAGGAUCUACUGCCCUGUGUCCCCCUCACCCAUGAAAUCACAUAACUUCAACCCCAGAAUGCCUUCAUGUAACACCCUGUUUCAGGCCUCCACGUCCAGAUCAUACAGCCCUCUUGCUUCAGGAGGAGUGUCAUCGAGUCCCUCUCCUAAUAGUCCUAGUCAUGGGCCUUCGCUCGGCACACUCUCGUCUGGCUCCCCUGCUUUGACCUCCCAGGUCAACCAAUCCUUCAGCUCACCAGGGUCGUGGUAUCGCACAUGGAACCCUAUGCCCUAUCACCACUGAGAAAUCCUGCCUGUUGUGGAAGAGAACUAAAACUACCGAUGUCAAUGAAGGGAAACAGAAAUGGAUACAAUCCAUCAAACACACAUAUUGUCAAAUGUCAUAUACAAUACUUGGUCCCGCUUUAAACGAUGUUCAAAUUAUAGAAGCUAAAUGAUGCCUUCAUAAGCACUACAUAAAUGUGUUGCAAAGUAUAUUUAACUGUAUUCCAUGGUUUAUAAAGGGUUCAUAAAUGUGGCCUAACUAUGUGACAUAAUCACCAAUGUCAGUUGCCAUAACCCGCUAUGUCGAAUGUGAUAUAAACAUGUGCUUUAUAAAAGGGUGACAUGUUGUGCUGAAGCAGGGCAUAAGGCUCUAAAGUGAUGUCAUGUUACUCCUAACCUCAAACACUUCUGCCCAAAUGCGCAGAAGGUCUGGUGGACCAACACAUUAAACUUGGCCUUCAUAAGUUAGGGUUAGGUUUAAAAUCACAUUUUUGUUCUGUGAAGGGAGUUGUACACAGCGUUGUACGAGAUCUUCAGUUUCUUGGCAAUUUAUCGUAUGGAAUAGACUUCAUUUCUCAGAACAA